UCUCUUAUUUUAUUAUAUUUUUCUAUCAAACAGAUGGGACAAUAAUCAAAAUAGGAUUUGUUGGUCCUUGAUGUGUGUUUUGGUGUGUCUUUUAUUUCUUAUAUAUUUGAUCUAUAGCUUGAUUUUGUUUUUCCGAAGAGUGUGUGACAUUGUUUUGAUACAUAAUAUUUGUAGUAUGAUCUCAUUUUAUGUCGCUUUUAAACUACAUUGCCAGGACAAUGUUGAACAGUUUCCUGGGAGGGCAUCUGUGGAGGAAAGAGAUAACAAAAGUGUGAAUUCUGUUAGUAGAAUAGAAGAACAAGAAGUUGAUGGCUCUCGUCUAGUUGCUAGUCAGAGUUCAAAAGUGAACAGCAUUAAGAAAAAUCACAGAACAGGAAAGCAAGAGCUGAUGAAGUCAGUGCAAGAGCUUGCUUCUCAAGCAGCUUCUCGAGCCAAGGCUGAAGCUGCAAAAAACAUCACACCACCAAAGUCGGCUUAUCAAUUUGAGGCUUCUUGGCGGGAACUCUCUGAUGACCAUGCUCUCCAGGCUCGUUUAUUGAAGGCUGUAUCUCCAACUGCAUUGCCACAGAUAUUCAAAAAUGCUUUGUCUGCUUCCCUACUAGUUGACAUUAUUAAAUGUGUUGCCACCUUUUUCACUGAAGAAAUGGAUCUGGCUAUCAGAUACAUAGAAAACUUAACCAAUGUCUCAAGAUUUGACUUGCUCAUCAUGUGCCUUUCAUCUACAGAUAGAGAUGAUCUCCACAAGAUUUGGGAUGAAGUAUUUUGUAGCGAGGCAACGCCAAUUGAGUAUGCGGAGAUGCUUGAUAAACUUCGUUCAAGAUAUUGCCUCAACCGGUGACAGGCAUGUUCUAAAAGAGAUCUUAGGGAUGGUCUUUGUGCUAUCACAUUUUCAUUUUUUGUCCUCAGCCAUCAUAAUCCUAAAUCACUUAAUUAAAUGUUGAAAUAGUGGUCCGACCUUCAUAAAAACAAUCCAUGAAGGUCUGAAAUAUGUUCUUUUUCAUCUGGUUUGUUUACAUGAUCCCUUCAGGUCACGGCUAUGAUCCAUUGAUCCGAGUUUGUGCAUGUGUACAUAGGUAAUUGAUUUUGAUGACAUAUUAAGCCUUGAUAUUACAAUCUCCAUUAUCUUAUCCAUUAUUACAAUAA